ACCAACUUAUUCAAUGAUGCAGACCCAAAUCGGAAUCAUAUGUUUGAAUACUCAUGGGGUACAUGGUUGAAGAACGAUGAAAUCGAAAAGCAAAAGAGACUGACCAAGUUCUCGAUUCAAGGAUUAAAUGACCUGAUUAAAAGAAUCAUCAGCAUUGAGAAAUCCGGUGUUGUCAAGGAAAAGAAUCCCGAUGAAAUCAAGAGGAUUGAGAAUAUAAGGGUGCUGUCUAAUAAUAUCGCACAUUUUUUCAAGGAUUCUAAGAAUGAGAACAAUAUCAAGCAGAUUGUUUCGUUGCAUGAAGGUAAGCACCACAGAAUCUACAGAAUAGAAAUUGAGGGCGUUGAAAAGAAAUUGGUUUUAAGAUUGCCAUACACUCUCCAUUCUCAGUUGUUCACCAAGAGAAAGCUUGAGAGUGAAGUUGCCACGAUGGAUUUUUUGACCAACGCCUUCAACUUGAACAUUCCAAAGGUUCUUUCCUAUAGUGGAGACUAUGACAACUUUGUUGGCCAUCCGUUCAUUUUGAUGGAAUAUGUUGACGACGUUGAGUCUUCGUUGAUGAAGAAAUGGAAUCCACUCAUGGAGAGCAAGGAUGACCGUCUAGAUGAUCCUGAGGCAAUCGAGAAGUUGAACGAAGUCAUUGAGCCAUUGGCCGAUUUCAAUAAGAUUGUUAGCGACUUUGUUUUCGAUAACUACGGAUCGAUCUAUUUCAAAGACGAUUGUCCCGAAAAUUUGGAGAAGGUUGCAUAUGAGAACCAGGAUAGAUGGGUGAUUGGUCCUACUGUCGAGACUGCAUAUUACAGAAACAAACAAUAUGUGAAAGAGGAGGAUUUGAACAAGUACGUUGGGCCAUGGAAGGGUUCGGAACCUUUGAAGAUGAUCAAGGACUUGGUUGAAUUGGAGCUUCACAGUUUGAGGGUGAGACUGAGCUUGGUCGAUAGCGGUAAGGUCACGACGGAUACCAAGGAAGGGCUGGAGUUCUGCAUCAAGAUUUUCGAGAAGUUGGACAAGAUUGCCGGGGAGAUGUUCAACUUGAACGAGAACGAGACGUUGAUUCCCAACUUGAACGAGCUUCUCAAGCCAAGACUCUUCAUUGGGGACUUGGACCCUAUGAACGUUUUGGUGAGAAGCGGGGAAAAGGGCUACGAGUUUGUUGACCUUGAGAACAGUGUUGUGAAGCCGUUUUUGAUCAGCAGCUACCCGAAGUUCCUCGAGUACAACGGGGCGAAAAUCUUCAACUUGAAGGACGAGAUAGAGAACUUCGAAGCGCUGGACGAGAUCGAGCAGGAGCAGUACAAGUUCAUGUUCAAGAGGACCAGAAACCAGUUUUUGUGGGAGGUUUCCAUCAACAAGAGAAGCAAGGACCUUGUAGGCGUGAUUUCCCCCGUGAUCAAGCUGAUCAAGAACUGCUACCUGAACGUGCUGAACUUCAAGCAGCCUAAGGACUCGUUGUACAUCGAGAACGGGUUGAUCGAGAUCUCCACCAUGUGGGACAACUACAACGAAAACGGCGUUGUCGGCAAGUUCAAGGGCGAGAAAAACCCAAUCAAGUUCACCGACGACGAGAUCAAGGAGUUCACCGACGAGAUCAGAGACUACGAGGCCGAGAACAGCAGCAAUCCCUUCAUUGCCACCGACGGCUGGGUGCCCCAGGACAUGUUCAAGAGGCUACAGGACCAGGGCAUGAUUGUCCGCGACGAC